AUGUCGUGCGGCAAUACUUGUCCCUGCAGCAACCGCGGUAUGGAUUAUUAUGGCGUGUUAUCGUUGAAAAAAGACUGCGACGAUUUGGAGAUCAAAGCUGCAUUUCGACGUCUGGCGAUACGAUACAAUCCUCGACGAACGCAAGACGAAUGUUUGAGCGCUAUUUUCUCCUUAGUAGCUGAAGCGUACGACGUGCUUUCGGAUCCCUUUAAAAGAACUAUAUACGAUCAAUUCGGGGAGGAAGGCCUUAAAAAUGGCGUACCUGGAGCCGAAGGAUUCAUUCGGCCGUAUAUUUAUCAUGGUGAACCGAUGAGAACGUAUAGGGAGUUCUUCGGUACCGAAAGUCCUUAUGCUGAUCUACUCUACGUACUAACGCAGUCUUCGUCCCUGCUCGAAUUUCCCGAGGGGCGGGGUAUAAAGCGCAAGGAAGAGCCCCUGAUAAAAACCUUGUACCUAACCCUAUUGGAGGUCUUUCUCGGAGGAAUUAAGAAGAUGAAGAUACAGAAAUUAGUAUUGGUGGGGGAUGAUAAGUCUAGGACAGUAACCAAAGAGAAGAUUUUAACGAUACCCAUUAAACCAGGCAUUCCGGCAGGGACGAGGAUAAUGUUUCCUGAGGAAGGUGAUCAAGGACCCACGAAAAUUCCUGCGGAUGUAAUCUUCAUCACGGAGGACCGGCCUCACGAGACCUUCCGAAGAGAGGGCUCUGACUUGCACAUGACGGUCGAUAUCUUUCUGCGAGAGGCACUGACCGGAACAGUGGUCACCGUCAACACCCUCGACGACAGAACCCUUCGAAUACCACUAACGUCUGUCAUCACACCAGAUUACAAGAAACACGUACCUUGUGAAGGAUUGCCGUUACCGGAAAAUCCGAAGGAAAGAGGAAGUCUAAUCAUAACGUUUAAUAUCGAAUUUCCGGUAUAUUUGCCGGUGUCGAAUAAGAACUACGUUAAACGUGCAUUUGAUACGUCCGAGGAUAUCAGAGAUACGGAAUACGUCCACCGUCUUAUACUUGCCAAUAAAAUGCGUAGAAACGUAGAUUUCGAUGUUCCUGUUCGCCGUGAUCGUAACGAUGACGAAGCAAAAGAAUUAGAGUUUAUGUGUAACACCUAA